UCGGAUGCUGCAGCAGAUACACUGCAUUGCUCUUACCCGAGCUGCUUCAACUUCCAGCAAAUAAAAACAAAACAAUAUUAAAAACGGAGUUUGCGGUAACUACGAGGUUUGGAUUUAAAUCUACAUUUUGAACUUUUACGGAGGGGAGUGCUUCAUUCCCUCCCUUCCUAAAGAGUCAUAAAGAAUAGAGAACAGGUACAGCGCGCGCAGGAUGGAAAAGCAGAUAUGUUAAAAGUACAACGCAGGACUGCUGAACUAGUGUUGUGUUAAGAGACAGAAGAAAACUAUUUGCUUUUCCUGAGAUGCUGAAGCUGCGUAAAGUCGCGAGGUCGGGAAGUAGCGGACCUGAGAGAGCGCAGGGGAUCUGCCUGCCUUUCAUUUUGCCGCUGCUCAUGUUCACACCGACCGUGGACUCGUCCUGGUGGUACAUUGGUGCACUUGGCACGCGAGUCAUAUGUGACAACAUUCCUGGCCUGGUCAACGAGCAGCGGCAGUUGUGCCAGAGACACCCAGACUUAAUGCAGUCAAUUGGAGAGGGAGCUAAGGAAUGGAUUCGCGAGUGUCAACACCAGUUCCAGCACCAUCGCUGGAACUGCAGCACACUGGAACGUGACCACACCGUCUUUGGCCGUGUCAUGCUGCGAAGUAGCCGUGAGGCAGCAUUUGUAUAUGCAAUCUCCUCUGCUGGAGUGGUGUAUGCAAUCACUCGAGCAUGCAGCCAGGGGGAGCUCAGGAGCUGCAGUUGUGACACCCACAAGAGAAGAAGAGCGCAUGAUGAAAUGGGAGACUUUGACUGGGGUGGCUGUAGCGAUAACGUGAAUUAUGGUAUCAAGUUCGCCAAAGCCUUUGUGGAUGCCAGGGAGAGAAUGGUAAAAGACGCCCGAGCACUGAUGAACCUUCACAACAACCGCUGUGGUAGAAUGGCAGUGAAGCGCUUCAUGAAGCUGGAAUGCAAGUGUCAUGGCGUCAGUGGUUCAUGCGCUCUUCGGACAUGUUGGCUUGCUAUGUCUGAUUUCCGGCAAACAGGAGAUUACUUGAGGAAAAAGUACAACACAGCGGUGGAGGUCACAAUGAACCAGGAUGGCACAGGGUUUAUGGCUGCAGACAGGAACUUCAAAGGUACAACCAAAAACGAGUUGGUGUACGUGGAAAACUCUCCAGACUAUUGCCUCAUGGACCGAACAGCAGGUUCUCUGGGCACAGCAGGGAGGGUGUGCAAUAAAUCAUCCAAGGGCAUGGACGGCUGUGAAGUUAUGUGCUGUGGUCGUGGAUAUGACACCACGCGGGUUAAACGGGUCACUAAGUGCGAGUGCAGAUUCAAGUGGUGCUGCUCAGUGGAGUGCCAAGACUGUGAAGACACUGUGGAUGUGCAUACUUGCAAACCACAUAAACGCCCAGAUUGGCUAGAUCUUACUUGACUUCUGUGGGUGUGGCCAAUUCUUUUAAAAUAUUCUCUUCUCAGGACUCCCAAGUGGACCAAAGAAUCAUAGGAUGCAUGGUCCUGGCUUGCUGGUUUCUGUCUACAGAAUGUUAAUCCUUGUUUGACUUCCAUGGCAACAGUGCAGAAGUAAAACUGUUCUUCAUUCUGGAGCAUUGCUAGUCUUUGGACAACAAAAGAAAAAAAGGAUUUAAUAUUUGUUUUUUCUCUGAUGUUGUCAUGGUUUAAUCACCUUGGAUAAGAGCAUAGAAACUGCUAUACGCUGCUUUAAAAAUGUACAGAAAAGAAACUAUUUGACCAUUUGUUUGACAAGAACUUCUUUUAGUAUUUGCUGUGGACUCAGUGCACUCAGUGCAUCAUGAAUAUUAUCUGCAACAACUGCCUAAAAACAGAUGAGUUCUUACUCAAAUUGAAUUGUCUGAAAGCAUACCCCUCUGUGAGAUUUGCACAACAACAAAAUCAAAUCUACACAAGGAGGUCAUACUGUUGUUGAACGUGGAAAGACGCGGCAUUAAACAUGGUACAAUGCUAUAGUUAUGUUUCUUUAAAAUUCUUUCCAUUUUAAUAUAUUUGACUUGGACAAAAAGAGAAAGAUCAAAUUCCUUCUAAACCCUAUUGUCAUUAUGCAUUAUAUAAGAUGAUGGUAUUUUAAACUUUUGUUAUUGAAACUGAAUAUCUUAGCACUUAAGCAUAAUUUUACAUGUAAGCACUUUUUGUGAGGGUUUGGAUACGACCGGGUUUGGAUACGACUUUGGAUACGAUUCUCUCAAAAACUGAGUAUUGUUUACAAGGAAUGAAAUAAAAAGAAAACCAAACAAACAAGCUUACGUACAAUUAAAAUAUCAUUUCAUUUAAUGUACGUGUACUAUUACUGUAGAGAUGGACCAAUCUGACAGUCUGCACCGAUCUGAGUUUCAGUUUUGGAGCUUAAUACUGUCCUGAAACAUUGGAUUGAUAAUGCACUGGAUUUGAUACAUUUUCCAUUUCAAGUGGUGGAUGUGUGCGGUGUUGACUGACAUGACACAGAAUCUGGAAGCGAAUACAGGACACAGCUUAUUCUAAAGCAUGUUGCCAUCAAGCCUCACAUAACUUGGCAGCAGAAUCUUGCAGAUAUACUCGGCUACUAAGAGGAUAUCAGUAAUGGAGCAGCAUUGAAUAUUGGACAAUAUUCAGUGCUCUGAAUCAUAUCAGUAUCAUAUCACAAAUGGAAAAAGUGGGAUCAUUCCAUCCUUUAGAGUAGAGUCUAUCCUCCGAUCCUCUGCUGUUUAAGCUUGUACAGCAUGUUACAUUUUAACUUUCACGUGUUAGUAUGCUGUUUCCUAGCAACACUAGACAUUAGGUGGCCAAGCAACACAGGCUAUUAACUAUACUACAUAGCAGUUGUUGCUAAAUCAUGCGUAUUUGUCUUAAAAUCAAAGUGAUUAUUUACCCUCUGAAAAGUCUCACCGGUAAUCUUUAGGUCCUCAUGCUAAACUAAAUGUGAUACUAAAUGUCAAAUCAUUACCAUAUAAAAAUAUAGCGUACCAUGCUUGAGUAGUAAAAAUAGCCAGGACAGCAUGGCUAGCAUUCAUUUUGCUACGCCAAACCUUCUGUUUCUAAAUUUGUUAUUAAGAUGGAUGAGUGGAGACAGAGCUUUGGCAUACUGCUGGGAUAACGCAUGUCCAAAAUGCCACUUCCAUUAAUCUAAAGCAACCUGAACCUUUGUCAUGUACAGAAUAAGGAAAUUUGUGCAGUUCUGGGUUUAAAAAAGAAAGAAAAGAAGAUAAAGAAGAAAAAGAAAAAGAUACAACAAAAUUUUAUGGUUCAGAAAAUAGUCUUCCUAAGCUCGAUUAUAUAUAGCUUAAUAAUUUUGCUUUCAGGGUUUUAUCCAAAGAUGUCUUUUUUUCCAUUCUCUGCUAAGACCCAUGUCAGAUUAUGCUUUCUGGCAUUCAACAGCGCUAUCUUUCACCUUUUCUCACCAGAGGAAAAGAUUAUGUGUUGAGAAAUACUUCUGGAAAACAUGUCAGUGUGUUUACUUUAAAACAUUGUUCAAUAGCCCACAUGAUACUGUACGGGUAAUGUUGAAAUUUAUACGUGUUCUUAAACAAAACGCUCUAGCAUUUGAAUUAGCAUACUAAUCUCAAAAAACUGGUUGAAAGCUUGGUUCUUGAAUGUCAUUUUAGUUUCCUGAGGCAAGUGGCAUUAACAAUGGUUGAUUAAAGGGAUAAUAAACAUAAACACUACAUGACCAUUUUCACACAGUGCCAAGUGUGUGUGGUCCCAGUAACUGCUUUUGUUUGGAGUCAUGUGCUCUAGAUAAUGAUCUUGUCAGGCUGAAAACAUUCCAGCUGUUUUCAUUUCAGCCAAAUAUAACAUUCUGUUAUUUAUUUCUCUUUUUCAUGACGAGUUUGAGGUAGUUCUUUCAGAGUUGGCUCAUGAACACUUAUGGAAUAGUAUGUAUGCUACCAUUUUAUUAGUGCAGAAGAUAAAUGGCAAGUCAAAGUCUUACAAGGAGAAUAUCACUCUUGCUGUUAAAAUUUAUGUAACAUUUGACUUUGGCUAAAUUUAAGAUGUUAUUUAACUCGAUAUAUUUACAAAAUGUGGUACAGGAAUCAUAGUCAUAGACCAAAUAUGUAAAGCAGUUUUUGCCCUUGUGUAUGUACUCUGUACAGGUCAUUUUUUUGCAUGUUAGUCAUAUGCACACAGGUAGGACAUUUGGGGGAUUCUGUGUUUCUCUUUGCCCUGAGGCGAGAUUUAUAGUGGAGUUAAGUGUACAUGACGUUUGUGUUAGGGGGUGCAUAAAUGAAGGGUUUGGAGGUUUAGCACUGUGGCAGGCCAAGCUUGCCAGACUCAUGGUAUGGGAUUAACAUAACAUGACAUAACAUUAACCAGUGAGUCAGCUGGUAAAAAUGAAGCUCUUCUUUCAGAGUUAAUGACCAUUUGGGUGCUACAGCCAGGGAGAAUCAGAGAUCUUUACUUUUCUUAUUUAUAUGAAAUGGCUUUGAUUGUGUUUAAGGAUUAAGAGUGGUCUGGUGAUACAUUUGAUUGAAUUGGCCACUGAUCUGAAAGCAGUUUGAAGAGUUUAGGGCAUGGGUAUCCAAUCCUAUCCGUAAAGGGCCGGUAUGGGUGCAGGUUUUCAUUCCAACUAAGCAGAAGCUACACCUGAGUCUCCUGAACAUCAAGAUCAACUGAGUAAACAAGUGGCAUCAGGUGGGACUUCUGCUUGAUUGGUAUGAAAACCUUUAGGAAUAAGAUUGGACACGCCCGAUUCAGGGUUUUCAUUUCUUGUCCUAAGUGUCCCACUGUCAUGUAGGUUUAUGUUUUGAAAGAAUACUUUUUAAUGGAACGCUUGAUAACUACCAGCUCUAUGACUGAUGCCUGUGCUGGUGUGUAACACUUGCUGUGCGUCCUCACCAAAAACCACAGGUCAUCCAGAAAACAUCUGACCUUUUUGUCCACAUUACAGUGUUCAGUCUCACUGUGACCUUAGAGAAGAACCAAAGUAGUUCAUCAUCAGCAUGACUGCAUGCGGACAUGUGGAUAUUAUUACUCUUGCCAGUCAGAUUCAGGUGUCUGUUGAGAUGCUAGGAAUGAUGAUGGCAUUCACAUUGGUAAUCCCACUAAGCUUGCUGUAGCUAUGGGCCUUCCCCGAGAGAAUGCACUCUCAAGGAAGCACAUAUGCCAGCUACUACAUCCAGAGGUAGGACAAAUUAUAAAUGGUUUGGAAAGGUGAAUGUGGCUCUUUUCACCAGUGACAAAUCAACACCUUAAAUAGCCCGUUGUGGAUCUCCACUAGGACAGGAUACCUAUUCCUUUCUUCCACUACUUCUGAUUCUUCCCAUAUUGCUAGUGGUCUUGAAAUGGCCAGGAAGACCUUGAAUCCCAUGGUUCCUUUCAGUAAUAGUUGGAUCACCUUAGUGGUUUCCUCCUUUAGCAGAUCUGCCAUCUUAUAUGGAUGCUGAGAACUGGUACUCUCAGUGAAAUCACCAGCUGUGGACAGCCAUCUGGGACACAGGUCUUAAUUGCCCAGCAAUGGAAGCUGUUCUACAAAUGAUGCUCCCCUCAUUAGCUGUUUUCUGCACAUUGCUUCCUUCCAAGAUUCUGACUUUCCUUCAAGUCCCCACCUGCUCUAAAUGUAUAUGUGGCAGUCACUGAGUGCCCCACCAAAACGUGAAUGGUGUCUAUUUACACCGAGGAAAUUCUAGGGACUGUGGGGACCUAAGGCAGGAAAAAGUGAGAGCCUACAUGAUUUUUAUGAAGCUUCAAUACAAUAAGUCACCUACAGUAUAACUUUCUGAAUGUGUUGGUGUUACAUUUUGUACACUAGAUGUAGUGCUAGAUCAACCUCCUCAAUUAAACAUUCAUCAUAAAUCAUUUCAUCACAACAGAACUCUUUUAUGACUUUUAUA